AUGUCGGAUCCAAGUCAAGUCACCGCUGAAAAUGCCGAUAAUUUAGAAGAAAUCGAAAUGCAAUUUGCUGUCAAGGCAGUGCAACAAGCUGAAACUUACUGGUCUUUGUUGGAGAGAGUGCCAGGCUCGAAAUUAAAACUCACUCAGCACGACGACCAGAUCUUCGAGCAAUUGCUUGAGGAUUUCCCUGAGUUCAAGGAAAAAAGUGUUGCUGCAGCUAUAAAUGAAGAAGAAAUGAAGUCGCCUCAGGGCAAGACGAGAUGGAGAGAGUUUUGCGAGAAGUUCAAGGACAUUGAAGAUUACAAUUUCGGGACGUUGUUGAGGUUGAAAUCGAGUGAUGAAUAUGGUCAAGAUACAACCAUGUUUGCUGUUCGAAUCCAGUUUUACGGCGUUGAAAUUGCUAGGAAUAGAUAUGGUUUGAAUGAUUGGAUACAUGAAGCUGCGCAAAAGGAGAAAGCCUAG